AUGAAUGAAUUGGACAGUCUGCGCCAGGAGGCGGAAACCUUGAAGAAUGCCAUCCGGGUUAGUUGUUAUAGAUUUGUAUGUAGUUAUACUAUAACAUUGUUUUGUUACGUUAAGGAUGCCCGCAAGGCGGCGUGCGACACGUCGCUGGCGCAGGCCACCGCCAACCUGGAUCCCAUCGGACGGAUCCAGAUGAGGACCCGCAGGACGCUCAGGGGACAUCUGGCCAAGAUCUACGCCAUGCACUGGGGCAGCGACUCGAGGAACCUAGUGUCAGCCAGCCAGGACGGCAAGUUGAUCGUGUGGGACAGUCACACCACCAACAAGGUGCACGCCAUACCGCUCAGGUCCUCGUGGGUCAUGACCUGCGCGUACGCACCCUCGGGCUCGUACGUCGCGUGCGGGGGGCUCGACAACAUAUGCUCCAUCUACAGCCUGAAGACCCGCGAAGGUAACGUGCGCGUGUCCCGCGAGCUGCCUGGCCACUCGGGCUACCUGUCGUGCUGCCGCUUCCUGGACGACAACCAGAUACUCACCAGCUCCGGGGACAUGACCUGCGCUCUGUGGGACAUCGAGACGGGUCAGCAGUGCGGCCAGUUCACGGGUCACACGGGUGACGUCAUGUCGCUGUCCCUCGCGCCCGACCAGCGGACCUUCGUGUCGGGGGCCUGCGACGCCUCCGCCAAGCUGUGGGACAUACGCGACUGCCAGUGCAAACAGACCUUCCCGGGGCAUGAGAGCGACAUCAACGCUGUUACUUUCUUCCCAUCCGGGUUCGCGUUCGCCACCGGCUCGGACGACGCCACGUGCCGCAUGUUCGACAUCCGCGCGGACCAGGAGCUGGCGAUGUACUCCCACGACAACAUCAUCUGCGGCAUCACCAGCGUCGCCUUCUCCAAGUCUGGCCGCCUGCUGCUGGCCGGAUAUGAUGACUUCAACUGUAACGUGUGGGACUCUAUGAAGAGCGAGCGCGCCGGUAUCCUCGCCGGCCACGACAACCGCGUGUCCUGCCUGGGCGUGACUGAGAACGGCAUGGCUGUGGCGACCGGCUCGUGGGACUCGUUCCUGCGCAUAUGGAACUAG